AUGCCAAACUUGACAAACUUGACAAACUUCGGUGACGCAAUGGUUAGCGUGUCGAUCUUAUAUUGUUCUGAUAACUCAGAUCAUUAUGACCGUCGAAAGCUGUGGGUUCGAGUCCCACCCGAAAAUUUCAAGAAGAGUCUCUCACGGGCUAUUCCCAGCAAUACUCAAAAACGUAUCACGAUGGAGGCGUUGAAAGCGAAACAUGCGCAAAUGGUAAGGGAAGCUUUGGAAAGAAGAAGCAGAUGGGAGGUUCAGUGCCAAAAAGACAAAAGGGAAGAGUCCAAGGAUAAAAUGGACGCAGAGCUCGAACUACUAGCUAUCGGCUAUGUUAAAUCUAGUUGGUGUAUGAGCAAAGCAAAAAGAUGUCAGAGAUUCGACGAAGUCAAUCAGAAAUUGAGAGAGUCGUCGUGGAUGAGAGAAAUGAGAGCGAUCGCAAGAGAAGAUCGGAGGGAAAAGGCAGCAGCAGCGUUGAACGAGGAAGAAAAGCAGCUGGCUAGUCUUGGCGAUGAAAAUUAG